CGACAGUGAAAGACAUGAGACACGAUGCUGACAUCAUCGCAGGAGAAUCGUUCGAGCGCAAACGAGGCGAUGUGAGGAAAGUUCACCUCGCCGUUUGUCGAGUGACGAUGUCUUGCAUGAGUGUAAUUACCCGCCUGCAACAACGUCCUCACUUUUUCCCUAUCCCUCACUUCCACCAACACCACUUCCCUGCCCACUCGCUACCAUGUCCCUCUCCCAGAGCUUCAACCAGAAGCUCGUCUUCAAGACACCAGACGUGUCGAAUGCUAAUUUCAACGACUCGCCUCCAGAAUCCUAUCAAACGACGACGGCACCAGCAGGAGUAGCAGCAGCCAUGAACCAAAACCGUCGAGCCAUCGAGCGCGAACAGCGCCUACAAUCCAGGCUGAAGCAUAUGCCCGUCGUCCUGGGCGCCUCUCGGUCUCUGCAAGCGGUGUGCGGCUUCGAAACUGGCACGAAGAUGGUUGGGGAGACGCCGGUGAAGCUGUGGGAGCUGCCGAAGGAGAGCGUGCAAGACAUCGUGAAGCACGCGCAGAUGAAGAUGGCGGAGAGCCUGAAGAAGGGGAAGGGGGUUGAUGGUCCGCCUGCUGUUGUGAUGUCAGGGGCAUCAGGUGAGAAACACGUCCCUGCUUUCACGUUACUGCUUCAGCAGACGAAUUCGCAUCUGACAACACGACCAGGCAACGCCAGCCAUCCUGGCCAAUCUCACCAGCGAACUCCUCAGAUCCCGGAGAUCGUGGUCCAUUCGCCCGGCCGGCCAGCAACAGCGUCCGCACCGAGGCCAUACCAGCCGCCGGCUGCCCUGCCAGCCCAGCAACAACACCCCCUACCGGCGAGACCACUCUCCGCUCUAGCCUGCCCACCAGCCUCUCCACCCCCUGACUGGGCACCACCAAUCCACAUCUCCCACCACUAUCACAUCCCCUGCUACAACUCCGUCGGCCUCGCCCGCGAACUCAACAAAUGGCUCGCCAAGUCGAGUACGCGCUCCAAACAACUCCUCCCUGCCCGCGUGGAACUCCGCGACGCGCAAUCCAACCGCCUGUUCGUCGGCAUCGACGCCACAAGCUGCGCGAAGCUGAAAAUUUCCCGCAUCGAGCUUCCCUCAUCCGUACUCGAGGGUCCCAGCGCAGGGCCGAAUACUGAAAGACCGCGGGACUGGAUUGUCGUCGAAGUCCGUCAUGCACCGAUUCCUCCCCGCGCUCAAGUCACGGCGGAAGGCAGAGUGCGAGAAUGGGGUGAGAUCCUGCCGGGCGAGGCAAUGGAUGAUGAUGAGGAGAAGCCGUUCAUCCCUUGCGCAUCAGGCGAGUGUCCGUUCUGGCUGCUCGCUUUUCCAUUCUGCGCCAUCACGGACUCGAAAAUGGAAGUGAGGGAGCAAGAGAAGUCUGCACGGCCCCAGCUGCAAAAUGUACAGGGAGCGAAAGCAUUCGAGACGCUGUUCUUGGGUGGCAAGGGGAGGGCGCCGAUUGUGUGUUGCCGUGGUCUUGAUCCGAAGUUUGCGAAGGAGUUUCUGGAGGCUUGUGGGAAUGGGAAGGGCUUACUUGCGUUUAAUGGGCUGGGCUCACUCUUGACAUGGUGAAGGAGCAAAAACUGGGAAACGUGGACUGGUGGAAUCAGAAGGGUUUGAGGCAAUGAGAUGCGAGCAGGAUACCCACAGGGCAAGAUACAGCGCAUGAGAU